GUAAAAAGAAAACCUUUCGUGUUGCGGGGGAAUAUUUGAGCACUGAGGGAGUGAGACUGGCGAGCUGUGCUCCAAUGACCUCGACGGCGAUCGCGAAUGGUAGCCCUAGGGAUUGGGAGUCCGGUGGCGGUUUCCGAUGUGCGAAUGGCGGCUGCGAUCGCGCGAAGGCGGCGAGGUGGGUCAAGGCAGAGCAGGAGCCGGCGGCCGCUAGAUCUCCAGCGAGAACCUGUGCCGACUGCAGCGCAUCGGAGACGCCGUUGUGGCGGGGCGGUCCUGAAGGGCCUAAGUUUUUUUUUUUACUUGGGGCUUAUCGAUCGAACUCGCAAUCAGCGAUUGUUUCUUCUUCGGAUCGCGACCUGAUAACCCUCCAAAUCCAACCCUACAAACUACUCAAAAUGCUCGGAUGUUUUCGGCAGUCUCUCUGCAACGCGUGCGGGAUUAAGUACAGAAAGAGGAAAAAGGCACUCGAACCUGCAGCCCGCGGAAAUCCCAAUAGACCGACCAGAUCCGGCGGCCAGAUGAGGGAGGCGCCUUGCCCGGAGGAGUUAAAGAAGAGACAGCGAUCGAAGCAGGAGAGGAUGCUGAAGCUGCUGCUCAUGCAGCACGAGAAACGGCGAGGCAGGAGUGAGGAGGUGAAGAGCGCAACGGCGGAGCACGGCGAAGACGUGGAGGAGGCUGCCCUCCUCCUGAUGUCACUCUCCUCUGGUCUCUCUCUCCAUUCCUAGCACUGCCGCCGCUUCCUUUUUGAGAGUACUAGUUGCAGUACUCUCUUUCCAUGUAGUUUCUAGUUCAAACAAGAAGAAGAGACAACAAAAAUGGGAAAACAAAUAUCAAAAGUCCCAGUUUUUGUGCCAUUAAGGUUAGACCUGAUUCUCCGGUAAAUGGCUGAAGAGUUUAAUUUAGAUUUACUUGGGAGGAUGGAAACUGAGGAAAAAUUAAUUUCCAUCGCGUAAAACUUUUACUUUGUAAAACAAUGGAUUAUAUUCCUUUUAUCUUAUUUACUCAAU